GAUGUAAUAUAGUGAUAUAAAAUAAUAUAAAAUAAAAUAGAAACACAACAAAAUAAAAUAAAACAGGCGAAAAUAAAAUUUCAUAAAAAUAUUUAUGAAAAAUAAAAAAGGCAAAAAUGAUAAAAAAUAAAGUGAAGUAAAAUACAAUAAAAAAAGAAAAUACAAAAUUAAACCCAAUAAAAUAAGGUCACAUUAAGUAAACUAUACAAAAAUAAAAUAAUAAAUAAUAAGAUAAUAUAAUAAUAAAACACGGAAAAGAAAUCAACGUUCAAAAUCUACAAAACAGCGUUACACCCCAGUAAAAAUCCUUAUAUGCACUAUCAUUAAGAAAAGUUUGGUAUAUAUCUCGCCACCAUUCGACAAUGCGUGUCGUGCAAUAUGGAUUUAAUUACCCAUAAAGGAUUACGCCUACACUGAAAGGGAUAAUUUAGCAACACAUCAGCGCCGACCAUUUUGGGGCAACCCAGCUCCAGCAGCAGACCAGCUGCAUGCGUGUGGUUUAGUGGAUUACAUUCAAUGUGACAAGAACAACAGCAAACAAAUAUCAAACAUAAAAUAGCGGCAACAAUAACAUUAAAACACGCGUGCGACUGUGUGUGUGUGUGUGCCAGCUAACAAAACAGCAACCUUAACAAUUCGCAAUGGAUUUAUUAUUUCUAUUACAAUUACUCGUCCUGCUCGUCAGUCAAAAUGUUGCUGUACUUGGCCAAUUGGAUGGCAGCUGGCUAACCUUGGCACCCUCAACGCCAUCUAUCACACAUUUUGUAAAUGAUUCCUUCAUUAUAUUCUGUAAAACAGUACAAAAAGAUGUGAGUGCGAAAUGGAAGGACCCAAAAGGGGUGCCAAGGGAAAAUACAAAGGGUCGUGUGCAUAUCGAAAAGAAAACGGGAUUCUUGGCGCUGGUGUUUGAGCACAUUGCGCUGACGGACAAGGGCAACUGGACGUGUGAAGCCACGUUGACCAACAACAACAGCAACAACAAUGAAGCAUCAUCAUCAGCAGGGGCAACAACAACUGAUUCUGGGCCUCUGGCGGCCAGCGGAGAGACAAGAAGGUCUUUUGAGCUACUCGUAAAUCAGAAAAUUUCCUUUGACAAAACGGAGCUGGUGCAGUCGGCGGGCGAGGGUCGUGAUGCUACGGUCAUGUGUUUUGUUAAAGGUGACCCCCGUCCGGACGUGUCGUGGCUAUAUAAUGGCGAAUACAUAAACACUGUCAACUCGACCAAAUACAAAAAACUCUCCGAUGGACUCUUCAUCAAGAAUGUACAGCAAUCGGAUGCUGGUGAAUACACGUGUCGUGCGAUGCGAAUCACACCAACUUUUGCGGAUUCCGAACAAAUUACGAUUCUGCUGAGGAUACAACAUAAGCCGCACUGGUUUGAUAAUGACACUUCAUUGGUUCAAUAUGCGUAUAUUGGUGGUAUGGUGAAUAUUUCGUGCGAUGCAAUGGGUGAGCCACCACCUUCGUUUACCUGGGUGCACGAGGGUCGGGCCAUUACCGGACGCAAUUAUCGCAUUUUCUAUGCCGAUUACGGUUCAACACUACAGAUACAUGUCCGAAAUGAAUCACAACUCGGCGAUUAUAAGUGCAAAGUUGCCAAUCCAUUGGGCAUGUUGGAGCGCAUAGUGAAGCUGCGUAAAGGACAGAAGCCUAGUGGACCGUCUCGCUUUCAGUUGCGGCGUGCAUUCACCGAUGGCUUCGACCUCGAUAUUAGAUCGGAGAAAUAUACGAAUGUUGAGGAAAAUAUGCGUACAUUCGGCUAUCGUGUGCAGUAUAUGAGUGAAGGCGAUUUUAAGCACAGUGCCGGCAAUUGGAGUUAUGCUAAGCACAAGGAUUUCCAUUUCCAUCGAGGUGGACGAUUUGUGCUCAACGCUUUGGAUCGCAAUACCACGUAUUUGGUGCGUGCCGCAACGCGUAAUCAAGCUGGUCUCAGCGAUUGGAGCUCGGUGAAAAUUUUUGCAACACUAUCGAAUUUCGCCCGGAAAACAGCCGCGCAUAUUAUCUGGCAAACAUGUCUAGUAGUUGGCUUAGGAUACUCACUUAGCGAAUAUGUCAAAUUUAGCGCGUAUGUUUAAGUUUAAUGCGACACGCACAUAUACACACAUGCUUAGGUGUAUGUUCGUACCCACAUACACGUGCAUGCAUGUGGGCACUUUUAUGUUAUCCUUCCUCUCCACACCUGCCACAUGCUGUCCUUGUUCCUUAGCAAAUGAUUGGUGUAGUUGUAGUGAGUAAAAAGCUCUGUUAUAUAGACAUUUUAUGUUAGUUGUUAAAUGUUAACGAUUACCGAAUUGCAUAUUCGAUAUAUAUUAAUUAUAUCUGGAUUUGUUCCAGUUACGUUUUUAUGUACCUAAUUUGUUGCGAAAACUCUACGCAGACCCACACAAUACGCAUACCCACACACUUAUGUAGCUACAGUGCAUUACAGUGAAAGCUACAUUCCUUUAAAAUACAAAUUACACUGCUUUCAGAUUCUGUGAUAGAUUUAGUCCAUUCCUCUUGAUUGCCUUUGUUUGUUCAGCCCUCAUUUAAGACCUUUUUCAACUUUCUUUCAACACGUUUUUAACGAGUCAUUCACAAGUAUUUAAACAUCGUUUUUGUACUUUUUUAAAUGAAAUUCUUCAAGAAUUUUACAUCAGCGUCGUAACGAAAAAAAAACAGAAAACACACACAAAAACAAAAGAAAUAAAAUAAAUUAAAUAACUUGAAAGAUUUUACUAUGUAAGUGAAUAAGUCCAAAUGAAUGAGAAACCAGAAACCAAAACUGCAAUGAAGUAUGAAAAUGAUGAAGUAAAAAAGAAACGAUUAUUGUAGCUUAAAUUAUUUAACAUUAAAAAACUAGUUAAUAUUAAAUAUAAAAAAAAUUCGUAAAAAAAACCAAAUAAAGUGAAUAUAAUUCCAAUGAA